AUGAGCGGUGAUGGACCUGUGAUGAGCGGUGAUGGGCCUGUGAUGAGCGGUGAUGGGCCUGGGAUGAGCGGUGAUGGGCCUGGGAUGAGCGGUGAUGGGUCUGGGGUGAGCGGUGAUGGGUCAGGGAUGAGCGGUGAUGGGUCUGGGGUGAGCAGUGAUGGGCCUGGGAUGAGCGGUGAUGAGCCUGUGAUGAGCGGUGAUGGACCUGGGAUGAGCGGUGAUGGACCUGGGAUGAGCAGUGAUGGGCCUGUGAUGAGCGGUGAUGGGCCUGUGAUGAGCGGUGAUGGACCUGUGAUGAGCGGUGAUGGGCCUGUGAUGAGCGGUGAUGGGCCUGUGAUGAGCGGUGAUGGGCCUGUGAUGAGCGGUGAUGGACCUGUGAUGAGCGGUGAUGGGCCUGUGAUGAGCGGUGAUGGGCCUGUGAUGAGCGGUGAUGGGCCUGUGAUGAGCAGUGAUGGGCCUGUGAUGAGCGGUGAUGGGCCUGGGAUGAGCGGUGAUGGGUCUGUGAUGAGUGGUGAUGGGCCUGUGAUGAGCGGUGAUGGGCCUGUGAUGGGCGGUGAUGGGCCUGUGAUGAGCGGUGAUGGGUCUGGGAUGAGCGGUGAUGGGCCUGUGAUGAGCGGUGAUGGACCUGUGAUGAGCGGUGAUGGGCCUGUGAUGAGCGGUGAUGGGCCUGGGAUGAGCGGUGAUGGGCCUGUGAGCGGUGAUGGACCUGGGAUGAGCGGUGAUGGGCCUGUGAUGAGCUGUGAUGGGCCUGGGAUGAGCGGUGAUGGGCCUGGGAUGAGCGGUGAUGGACCUGGGAUGAGCGGUGAUGGACCUGGGAUGAGCUGUGAUGGGCCUGGGAUGAGCGGUGAUGGGCCUGGGAUGAGCGGUGAUGGACCUGGGAUGAGCGGUGAUGGACCUGGGAUGAGCGGUGAUGGGCCUGGGAUGAGCGGUGAUGGACCUGGGAUGAGCGGUGAUGGACCUGGGAUGAGCGGUGAUGGGCCUGGGAUGAGCGGGUCCUCAGAUGUAUGA